AUGCGUUUUUUAUUAAACACUAUCGUCAUUUUAUUAUAUCAAAUAAGAUAUAUUUUCAGCAAUCUGGACAUCUAUGAUUAUAAAGUAGUUCCUAUUCUGACCGGAAAAAUUACGACUGAUCAAGCUAUAUUUUAUGAGACAAAUAGCUCCGCUGUACGAUGCGUCCACAAAUGCAUUUCAACAUUUGGCUGUGUUUCAGUGUUUCUUACUGCGGAUUAUGUCUGUCAAGGACACCCAAUAGUUUAUGAAAUCGCUUCACCUUCUUUAAUCUCCAAAACGGGAAGCAGAUAUUAUAUUUCAAAGAUAUCAAAGGCUGUUUCUUGUAACGAUCUCGGUUAUAUAUGGGAAUCUUCGAUAUCCAUUUGUUACAAACUUCACAGUAUUGAACGUCUUCAUUCUGACGCCUUUUCUCAAUGCCUGUCAGACCAUCCCAACAGCCGACUGUUACUCAUCAGUUCAGACUCCAUUUACAACUUUGCCGCCAAUAUCAUAGACAGCCACAGCACAGGACCGAUAUACCUUCAGGGGACGCGCUCCAGUGGUUCUAAUUUCGUGGACGAUGACGGCCAGACAAUCACCUAUUUUCGCUGGCAUCCAGGUGAGCCAUCCAGCAGUGGGGACUAUCUCCGUACAGACACAGACACCAAGCUACAGGAAACGUCCUCAGGCACUUCUCCUUACCAAUUCAUCUGUCGAAUUUAUGGAAUCUUUUGAACAGACGUUGUAGAUACACAUCCAAUUCUAGUGAUGCAAAUUAAAAAGACGUUAUGCACUA